GUAUUUCCUGUAGCUCCGCCUGAACCUAUCGCUUCCUGACUUAAGUCUGACGAGCUGUACUUCUGUGAAGAAAGAAACCUGUCUGGGAAUGCUGACUGCUUAAAUAACCUUUGCUGCACUAAAUAAAGGUCUUUUUUUGUUUGUUUUGUUUUACAAUGACAGAUGAGGGGACGGCUGCCGGGGAACGCGCGUAGCUGACGCAUCACCAUCAAAUGCAGUCAAAUCUGAAACCUGACUGGCCCUCGACUUGUAACUCGGGAAAUAACCAAGGAAACUGGAAUAACGCAAUGGAUGCUCCCCAGUAUCCAGGUUACCCUUCACACUACUGGUAUCCACAGCCUCACUCCACUGGACACUAUGCAAACACUUAUUCCUCGGGGUCAGAUGUUCAGCCACAGUACAGUCCACAGGUGAUGCCCGGAGGCUAUCCAAAUGGCCAUGGAGUCUACAACGCUGCACAAAACCAGUAUCCAGCAGGCGGUUUUCAUCCAUCCAACCCUUUCUACUGUGCUGACCCUCAGAGAAGCUCCUAUCCUAGCCAAGGCUGUCCGGCUGAGCAGAGCGCCGGGCCGACGGGGCAACCGCACGCUCAGCACCAGCAUCAUUACUCUGGCCCGCACUGUCAAGGGGGUCCUGGUUACCCAUCUGGACCAUACACUCACUACAGUGAAGGUGGACAUGCUGUGCCUCCAAAUCCCCCGUAUCCCUCUGGACAGCCUCUUCAUCCCAACCCUCAGGCUGAUGCCUGGGGCCACACGGGUCCAUAUGCUCCCUCACAGCAGCAGUGGCACCCAGGGCAGCAGCCUUCACAAAACCACUAUGGAAAUCCUGUGCGUCCUGCACAUCCUCCAGCAUGGCCAGGAACUGGAACUGGUGCUCCGCCACCCUAUCAGCCCAAGGACCAACAGCACCAGCGGACCCCUCAGGUGGGACCUAAACCCAGGCCAGCGCCAUCCCCAAACCCCCCCAACGGAAAGCCUGCUGAAAUAAGUUCACCUCCCCAGAUUUACAGCAAAGCCGGGCGAAGUGAUCCUAACCCUUCUCCAGCCGAGCCCCAGCCAGCAGCUGCUCAGGCCGGACCUCAGCCCCUCAGCGACAAUCCGGGGCUCGCCAAGGUCCAGCAGGUGAUGGCCAGGGUUCAGCUUCACCAGGAAGACGUCGAUGAGUUUGUGGGGAGGAAAACAGACAAGAGUUACCGGUGUCUGGAGGAACUGCUGACCAAAGAGCUGCUGGUGCUGGACUCCGUGGAGACUCAGGGACAGGAGAACGUCCGACAAGCCCGCAAAGAGGCGGUGCAGAGAAUUCAGGCCAUUCUGGACCAGCUGGAGAAGAAGGCUUUCUGAAGUGGACUGUAUUUGUCUGCCCCGUCCAUCACUUAUUCUUGUUUUCUUUGCUCAGAUCUUCCAUGGACGAACUGAGGGUUCAGCCUCCCUCUGCAGAGCCGUAACGAUGUUUCCUAACAAAAUGCCGAAGCCUAGAUGAGAUGAAUGACAUUAGACCCCAGGAAAGGCCGCGCCUCCGAUCUAAAGUUUAAAACAACCUGUAAGGAGGGUUUGUGCUGGCAGUAGACCUAAAACUUGUACAUCAUAAGUGACUUUCAGCCUCCGUGAGUGACUGAGCUCGCUACACAUCCCGACACUCUGGCUCAUCACAUCUUCAUGCCUUCACCAGCGCGGUACAGGCUCCUGCCAAGCGGCAGCUGUUUGUGUUUAUUGAAUCAUGACACGCGUCUCAAGGGUAUCCUCUGCACUUCUGUUCCGUUUCCAUCUGGCCCUCCUUGGAACGACGCUUCCUCAGCUGGUUAUUGGAACAUUUGCACGGUCACGCUUCUGUCCUCUUCCCGUGACGGCUUUGGUUAUGCACUCGGUUGCUCAUGGUCACAAUCCCUCUCCACGUCUCUGCAGCCGUCGGUGCAGUGUUUCUCUUAUGCUCUCAGCCUUGCAUGCACUGUAGUGUCAGACACUCACACAGCCUAUUAUUCAGCCCUACUGUAGCAGAUUAGUGAAAAGCCCCUAAAGAUCGACGUCCUCGUCACUCCGCCCGCUAAAGUGGAGACUUUAAUUCAGGCCUGUAUGUGAACGCAGUGUAUUUUGUUCUAGAAGCUAAGGACAAUGUUGACGUUUCGUUUUAAAAGUGGAUUUCUUUUUUUUUUUUUUUUUUUUUUUUUUUUUUUUCCCCUCUCGCACUUUUUGUACACCUGUAAAAAGUAAAAUAUGAAGCUUUAACGUUUUCAGUGAAGGUUUCUGCUUAAAGACAGUGUUAAAUACACAAGUAUGCACAGCG